CCUCCGCUUUACCUGCCGUCGGCGCUGCCAUCCUAUGGAGAUGAUCCAGGCUACGAUAACGCCCUCGGUCAUGGGCCGUGCGCUGGAGGGGUCGAGGACAGAUAAAUGGAGGGGUAUUUCCAUGGAUUUUAUACAUUGAUUUCUCUUUUUUCUACUUGAAGAUCUCUUUCUGAAAGGGCUGAUUUCUUGAGAAAUUCGUUGUUGCCCGUACCCGUUUCAGAUACAUACAUAUACUAUAUAGUUCACAAUGGCUCCCGGCCUCACUGAUACCCUGCCCACACCGGCACACCAGCUCUACAGCCAUGCUCCCCGUGACAUCUUCCCGGAUGGACUGAAGACUACCGGCCAGCAUGCUCCUCUCUACGACCACAUCCAGCCCUUUGAGAAGUUCCCCAAGGAGAUCACGGGCCCCACGGUGUGGCAGGCCGAGGACUACAAGAACAACCCGGAGAAGUGGACGCACCGCUUCUCCGAAGAGGAGAUCGAGGAGCUCAGCACUGCUGCUGAUAACUUCCUUGCUUCCAAGACUCCAUUGACUGGUAUCUCUAAGAGCAACUUCAUCCUCCCCAAGCUGUCUAGCUUCCUCAUUAAGCUCAGAGCCGACAUUGUUGACGGAAAGGGCUUCAUCCUCUUCAAGGGCUUCCCCGUUGAGAAAUGGGGUAAUCACAAGUCCGCUGUUGCGUACAUGGGUCUGGGCACCUACCUGGGCUACUUUGUUAGCCAGAACAGCCGUGGCCAUGUCCUUGGUCACGUCAAGGAUCUGGGAGAGGACUCGAGCCAGAUCGACAAGGUCCGCAUCUACAGAACUAAUGCUCGUCAAUUCUUCCACGCUGAUGACUCUGACAUCGUGGGUCUGCUGUGCAUCACUCGCGCCCUCGAGGGUGGAGAGUCUGACAUUGUCUCCUCACACCACGUCUAUAAUACCCUGGCCAAGGAGCGCCCGGACGUUCUGAAGACCCUGACUGAGCCUAUCUGGUACUUUGACCGGAAGGGCGAGACCAGCAAGGGCCAGGAAGAGUGGAUUCGGACCAGUGUCGUCUAUCUCGAACGCGGAGAGAAUCCCCGUGUCUACACGAAAUGGGAUCCCUACUACGUCCGCUCCCUAACCCGCUUCUCUGACGCCGGUCUCAUCCCCCCGCUCUCUAAAGCUCAACUCGAAGCCAUCGACGUCCUCGAAGCCACCUGCAACCGUCUAUCUCUGCACAUGAUCCUCGAAGUCGGUGACAUCCAGUUCCUCUCUAACGCACACGUCCUGCACGCUCGUACCGCGUACACUGACUACCCCCCGCCCGCUCCUCGACGACACCUCAUGCGGCUGUGGCUGGCCACGCCCGAGAGCGAGGGCGGAUGGAAGCUUCCCUUCUGGGACAGUAAUGAGAAGAAGAGAGGUGGGAUUCAAGUCGACGACCAGCCUCCUGUGGCGCCGCUGGAUGCGGAGUAAGCUAGGACUUUGGGUUGGUGUUUUGAUUGUAAAAAUGUUUUAUGUAUAUCUUGCUGUAAUGUAUGCGUUAGAUGCAUGGCAUGAUAUUCCGUCUGUGAAGAGACGAUUUAGAUGAGUUGAAAGAAACUUGACGAAAAU